CGACGCACGGUCUCAAACAAUGCAUUUUCCGAUCCUGUUCAUCGUCUCGCUGAGCCUCUCAGUGCAUGCUCAAGUGCGGAGUUCUUUCUCCAGUCCUUAUGCGACCUACGCCACGGAAUAUGAUUCAGUUGGAUAUCGGAACUAUCCCAGGGAACGCGAUCAUUAUGAGCGCUUCGACAGCCUCCACAGGCACGUAGACGACGGACAUUAUGAUCACGGCUCGUAUUACCCUCGCCAUCGACAGGCUGCUUAUCCGUAUCCUCGUUACCAGAGGAUUUCCAGGCUCAGCGAUCCUUAUCGCCAAAGUGCCCAAUCCGUUUACGCGAGAAAUACGGUACGACAGAUCCCGUUUAGGCGGACCUCUUCGAUCUCGAGCGGCCGCGACUACUACCCAGUGGCUCCGAGGCAAACGGCCUACGAGCGCUUCGCCGCUCAACCCUAUUCAUUCGAGUAUGCCGUGAACGGAUUGGAUGGCUCCCAGGAACGUCGAGAGAGUGGCGAUGGAUCAGGCCGAGUCAACGGAGCCUACUCUUUUUCGCUGCCCGAUGGACGUCGGAGGCUCGUUCAAUAUACAGCUGACGAAGGCGGUUUCCGAGCCAAAGUUGACACCAACGAGGCUGGCACCGAGAGCCAGAGCCCCGCUGCGGUUCAAUUGUUCUCCAGCGCGGUACCCGGACCUCGAGCAGCAAUUCUGAGCGAUCGGAACUACCAAUAUUAG